CAGCCUCGACCCAACAUCAUGCAACAACAAUCCCGACCCAACUUCAUACCCCGACCAAACUACCAACAACAGCAGCAACCACAACAACAAGCUCAAGGGUCAGGAUCGAGCUUGUCAAACCAAGAUGACAAGCUGGACAAGAUCCUCCAGUUCAUCACGAACCAAAAUUCAUCGAUUAAGCGUCUUGAGACGCAAGUGGGCCAACUGGCCACGAGAGUCGGGAACAUGGAGGCCGAGUCAAUUAAAGGAAAACUUCCGAGCCAGCCCGAGCAAGCAAAGGCGAUCACUGUGUUGAGGAGCGAGAAGGAAGUGGACAACAAGGUAAGAAUACCCGAGCCUGAUGACCCCAAACCAACUGACCAGCCCAAGGAAACCGAGGAGGGCAGAAAGAGCACAGAAACUGACUCGGUAAAACCGUCAGAGAGUCCCUUACUUCACAAGUCUCCAAACCCUUACAAGCCACGUAUCCCUUUUCCGAGCCGACUUCGAGAUGAGAAACAAGAGCAGCAAUUCCGGGACUUACACAACAUGCUUUCAAAAGUCAACGUCAACUUACCUCUCCUGGACGUGAUCAAAAACAUGCCAUCUUACGUGAAGUUCUUCAAGGAUUUGGUCACGAAGAAGAGGAAGUUUGGAGACGGGGAGAAAGUGGUGGUUUAUGAGGCAGUGAGUGCCAUGCAGCAUGAUCUCCCAAAGAAAGAACGGGACCCCAGAGGUUUCGUUAUAAGAAUUGCUCUAGGGAACGGAAAGGAGGCUUCGGGGAUGCUUGACCUCGGAGCGGGAAUCAACCUUAUGCCGUUCUCGAUCUUUCAGCGAUUGGGUCUCGGUGACUUGAGACCAACCCGUAUGUGCCUCCAGCUGGCUGACCGUUUGAUCAGAUACCCGAAGGGGGUAGUUGAGGACAUCCUUGUUCGUGUCGGGAGACUCAUUGUCCCGGUAGACUUUGUCGUUUUGGAUGUGGGGGAUGUGCACGAGAACGGGAAGGAUCACACUAUCCUUCUUGGCAGACCGUUUAUGGCCACCACCAACACCCUCAUUGAUGUUAAAAACGGAACCUUGAACAUGACAGUCUUAGGCGAGUCCGUCUAUAUCUCUGUCCAGGAAGCUACGUCCGCAUCUUUAGUAAACUUUGUGGAGGAGUGUGCAUUUGUUGACGUAAGUGAUUC